AUGGCCAUGCCGUUCGCGCGCCGCGACAUCGAGGCGGCGGGCGCCGGCGCCGGCCCCGGCAGCGACGACUCUCCUGCCGCUAAGAAGGGCAAGCCGGAGCUCGCACGGGCGCGCCCGGCUUUGACGAGGUCCGAGGCGUUCGCGUUCGCGGCCGUGCUCGCGCUCUUCACCGCCGGGAUCUUCUGCGUCUUCCUUACCGCCCCACGCGGCGAGUUCGGGCAGAUCCUCCGCCUCCCGCGCAGCCUCGCCGACGUCCGCCUGCUCAAAGACAAUCUUGCUGUUUACGCGAGAGAUUAUCAAACAAAUUUUAUGUUGGGUUAUUGCUCAAUAUACAUCUUCAUGCAAACAUUCAUGAUCCCUGGGACAAUAUUCAUGUCAUUACUUGCUGGGGCUCUUUUUGGAGUGAUUAAAGGUGGCAUUUUGGUAGUUUUCACUGCCACAGCCGGUGGAUCGUCCUGCUAUUUUGUCUCCAAGCUGAUUGGCAGACCUUUGGUUAGUUGGUUGUGGCCUGAAAAACUGAGAUAUUUCCAGUCAGAGAUUGCUAAGAGGAGAGAAAAGCUAUUGAAUUAUAUGCUUUUUCUGAGAAUAACUCCAACUUUGCCCAAUACAUUCAUAAAUAUGGCGUCACCGAUUGUUGACAUACCUUUCCAUAUUUUCUUCGCUGCAACACUAGUUGGUCUUAUUCCAGCAUCUUAUAUUACUGUAAAGGCUGGUAGAGCCCUAGGCGAUCUGAAGUCAGUUAGAGAGUUGUAUGACUUCAAGACAUUAGUGGUUCUGUUCCUUAUUGGAUCUGUUGCUGUCGUUCCAACAAUCCUGAAAAGGAAGAGAACAUACGAAUGA